AAGAAAGAGCUCGCGUGUGAUGUGUUUGUGUAUCCUCAGUGUUUUUCUCUCUUGAGUGUUUUAUUGAGUGUAAACAGAGUCUUGUCUCUGUGUAUUUUAGUGUUGAUGAUGAGAUGGAUGAGAUGUGCUGUAAAUCAGUAGGAACUGAUCUGUCCAUGCUGGAUAUUGAUGAUUUCAUCACAGAAAUCUCUCAGCUGAAGAAAGAGGUGGCGUUACUGGAGACAAAGCUGAGGUUAAGAGGAGAUGAAGGACUGAAGAGAGAGGACUCCGAGCUCAGUCUGACUUUACUCUGUUAUACUGAGUCAAAGCCCACAGACGCUCAGGACACUACAGUGUGUGACAGUAAUCAGGGCUUACAGGAUGAGGAAUCUACUGAUCAAACCUCCACAGAGUCUCUGGAUUCUGUCUGGAACGCUGGAGAACAGCAGCAGAUCCUGCAGACCAAACUCAACAUGUGUUCAGUCAAACUCAACGACUGCAAGAACCUCAUGAUGGAGAUAAAAACUGAACCCACAGAUCACAUUGAGGAAGAUGAAGACAAUCAUGAUGAGGAGGAGGAGGAGGAGAAUUAUGACAACGCUGAUGAUGAUUUUAUUCCUUCAGACGAGAAGAGUGAUUCAUGCAGUGAUGGUGAAAUAGCAUCUUCAACAUCAGAAGAUCGACGGACAGCACAAACUCUUUCCAGCAUCACCGGUGGAGAGACAUUGAGCUCACAGGGACAUUUAGAGAGAAAACACGCAGAACAGAAACUCUUUACCUGCAGGAAAUGUGAGAUCAGCUUUCCUACCUUACAAGAACAGAGACGUCAUUAUUCAAAAGUGCACAGAGUGAGGAAGAAGAAGCAGUAUCAUUGUGAGCAGUGUGAUGAAGUUUAUUCCUCCCUUUCUAAACUGAAAGUUCACAUGAGGACACACAAUGGUGAAACGCCGACAUUCAGCUUAGAGAAACAUGAACACACAGAUCAGAAACUUUUCACCUGCAGAAAAUGUGAGAUCAACUUUACUACCUUACAAGAACAGAGACGUCAUUAUUCAAAAAUGCACAGAGAAAAGCACUGUGAGCAGUGUGGUAAAGGUUAUCUCUCCAUUAGUAGUCUGAAAGUUCACAUGAUGACACACAGUGGUGAAAGACCGUUCCAGUGCAGUAAAUGUGACAUGCGUUUCAGAACCAGGGAUACUCUUAUUGGUCAUGAGAGAAUUCACACGGGAGAAAAACCAUACAAGUGUCCUCACUGUGAGAUGAGUUUCAGCCAAAAAGCCUAUCGGAAGAAACAUGUGUUUUUACACACCAAUGAGAGACCGUAUCAGUGCAAUCAAUGUGACAAAGCCUUUAGGGAUUCAGGUUGUCUAAAGAUACACCAAAAAAUUCACUCCGAGAAACUCCAUCAAUGUUCACACUGUGCUAAACGUUUCCGUCAUAAAUCUUAUCUGAUACGUCACGAGAGGAUUCACACUGGAGAGAAACCUUACCUCUGCUCUUACUGUGGUAAAAGUUUUUCAAGUUCAGGUACUUUUAAAGUUCAUCAGAGAGUUCACACUGGAGAGAAACCUUAUCCGUGUAGUGUUUGUGGGAAGAGUUUUACUAAACAUUACGGUUUAGUGUCACACCGGAGAACUCAUACAGGAGAAAGACCUUACAAAUGCUCUUUGUGUGAGAAGACGUUUACUCAAGCGGUUCUCCUGAGAAUCCAUCUGAGAGUUCAUACUGGAGAGAAACCUUACCGAUGCUCCAUCUGUGGAGAGAGAUUCGCUAAUGUAGGACCUUUUAAGACUCAUCAGAAGAAACAUGUUCAAAACAACCUAACCAACAAAAAAGACUCCAAAUGUCUGAACAGUAGAAUACAUUAAAUAUGUAUUGAUUAAAUAAUUGUUCCCUUACUACUGGCUCUAUCCCCUUUUCACUUAAUAUUGCUGUUGUCACCUCAGUUUAAUAUGUACAGCAGCCAUAUCACCCUGUAGCCCAAGAACUGUUGCCCAGUGAAGCUAAGUAGGGUCAGCCUGGUCAGUAUUUGGAUGUGAAGAUCUCUUGGGAAAACCAGGUUGCUGCUGGUAAAAGUGUUAGUUGGAUCAGCAGGGGGUGCUCACCCUUGACUGAAACCGUACUACCAAAAAUCACUAAUGACAUCUUGGUAGCUGCUGACUCUGUCUGUUUCACCGUCCUUGUUUUACUUGAUCUGAUUCUGAGCGCUGCUUUUGAUACUGUUUUACACAUGUUCUUAUCUGUAUCUGGUUCUGCUCUUUCAUAGUUUGUUUUUAUCUCACCGAAAGAAACUUCAUCUCAAUGUACAAUUUUAAAUCUUCCAUUGCCCCACUUAUGUAAGGUGUUCCUCAAGGCUCAGUUCUUGGUCCAUUACUCUUUCUAGUUUAUGUACUGCCCCUUCAUCAUAUUAUCCAUUGACAUGGUUUUAAAUAUCACAGUUAUGCAGGUGACAUUGAAACCUUUUUUUACUGCCUCAUCUGUUGAUUCAACUUCACUUUCCGUUUUAAAUGAAUGCAUUUCUGAAAUCAAAACCUGGCUUCACAUUAACAUUCUUAAAGGGACACUCCACUUUUUUGAAAAUAUGCUCAUUUUGCAGCUCCCUUAGAGUUAAACAUUUGAUUCUUACUGUUUUGGAAUCCAUUUAGCUGAUCUCCGGGUCUGGCGCUACCACUUUUAGCAUAGCUUAGCACAAUCCAUUGAAUCUGAUUAGACCAUUAGCAUCCCGCAAAAAAUAAUCAAAGAGUUUCAAUAUUUUUCCUAUUUAAAACUUGACUCUUCUGUAGUUACAGCAUGUACUAAGACAGACGGAAAUGAAUGAUCUCCGUUUCAACGCAGUAAGUAAUGAGCUAACUUACCUGAUAUCUGCUUCAGUCCAGUUUGCCGAUAUUUCUCUUCGUGAAUGUUGUAAAUCCCUCAUUUUAAAGAGUUGAACCAACUUCAUGUUGCCAUGACACGCGCGUCCUCACUACGGCACGUGCGUCCUUGUUUAUGAGUCUCAUUUAUCAUUUCCUGAUAACUGCUUCAAUCUAGUUUGGAACAUUUCUCGUGGUGAAUGUUUAUAUGCAUCAUAUCUCUCGUUUAAGGAGCUGAACCAUAACUUUUGUUGUGAUGAUGCGCGUGUCCUCACUACGACACGCCCAUUACGGCAUUCUUUCGGCUUCUUGUUCACACAGAGGGUUUUCUUUAUAUCUGACUAGGUCCUCUUUCCGGCAACGAUCCCAGAAGAUUAACGGGACGAGUUUGUGUUCACACAGAUGCUUGUCUGGCAAUUUUACGGGUAUUUUCUGGGACCAAAGGUCUGUGUGAAUGUGGUUAUACAGUGUUUUUCCCGGGCAUUCACGGUGCACCCAUGCUGUGUUCUUUGGGGGAGUGCUAUCUUUAUUUAUGAAAUUGGCCUUACUUAAAUUUGAAGUAGCUUGAGUUCAUCUAGCCACUUGUCCCAUUUUUGUGCAAAGGCUGCAGGAUUUUCUUUGUCCCAUCCACAACUCAUUCUGUACAACUUUUGUCCAAUUCUUUUAGGAAUCUCUCCAAAAACUGUAUCAAGAAGAAUAUUGGCUUGUUUCUCAAUGAAAUCAGCAAAGUCUUACCUUCUUUGAGAGCGUUCAAAAAAUGUACCGUUUUAUCUCUCCACGUUUCUCGUGGUAAAUUCAAUUCUGCCAUGUUAGCCAGAUCUUGCAACAUCCUCUGAGGUAGAUUGCAUACCUGUACAAUGCUUUUCCAUCGUCAGGAUGAAUGUUACUCCAUUUCAAAGCUUUUUCCAUGUAUGCACUAGCAAUCUUAAAUUCAUCUCCAAAAUGGUACUUUAAUAAACGUUUGGCUUCAGCAUAAUCUCUGCUAGCAUUCCUGUACAGCAGGGACGGGCAACUUCGGUCCUGGAGGUCUUGCAGAGUUUAGCUCCAACCAUAAUUAAACAUACCUGACGCACCCAAUUAAGGUCUUACUAGGCAUACUAGAAACUUUUAGGCAGGUGUGGUGAGGAGCUAAAGUCUGCAGGACACCAGCCCUCCAGGACCGAAUUUGCUCAUCCCUGAUGUACAGACAACUUUGAACAAGUCCCUUUGGUUCACCUGCUGUGAACUGUUCCAGAUAAUACAAGUGAAACUUGUUUCUGCUGGGUCACAAAGCAAGUUGGCUAAAUCGCUUUGUCUUUGCAAAACAGGACCAAGAUCAACACCAGCGAUGUUGGUGUAUGUAGUUGCAUCAUGCUGCUGGUCAAUAUGUGAUGUCAUGAUUGUAGUUGCAGCUGUUGUUUAAUGAGUAGUAAGCUUGGGAACUCUUCUGAUCCUCGUAUUAUGUAGAGGAGAUGUUUCAGAAUCAAUGAAUAAAGACGAUUUUUCUUCCAAGGCCUUAUCCAGGUUUUCAGCAUUGUAUUAACACAGGGUUGGGGAACCCUGGUCCUGGAGGGCCACUGUCCUGCAGAGUUUAGUUCCAACCCUAA